CGUCAUGACAACGAGAUGUUUAUAUCAGGCCUUCGUGCGUUUCUGUUUCUGAUACCCGUGUGUCGAUUCAACUGUUACAUUGCGCAAUAUAAUAAUUUAAAUGUAAUAAUAUGUCCAUUCCGUCAUAUUUAUUCUAAUAAACUCUUGUAACACCUAAAGAAAUUUGGUAGUAAUUUAGCCUGUUGGCUUGAAAUCAGUUUGUCGCCUAGCUUAGCUUUGCCUAGCGUGUUAUAAUCCUAGUUUCAGAAAAUGGUAAAAGGUAAAAAUUUAAAAGUCAAAAUUCUUUUAAUUGGACCAAGUGAGUGUGGGAAAACAGUUCUGGGAAAUUUUCUCUCUGACACCAUGGAGACUAUAGGAAGUGAUUACAGACCGACACAGGGAGUCAGGAUACUGGAGUUUGAGUCUCAGAAUCUGAGAAGUGCCACCAAAGACAGUGCCUGUGAAGUGGAGCUGUGGGAUUGUGCUGGAGAUUUUAAGUUUGAAACUUGCUGGCCAGCUUUUUUGAAAGACUCAAAUGGAGUGGUCAUUGUAUUUAACCCUGACAUUCCAAGUCACCUUAAGGAAAUAGAGACCUGGCACUCGACAUUCAUCUCCUCUCAAAGCCUACAGAUAGGACAGUGUCUGCUCAUAGCACACCACAAGCCUGGGAGUGGAGCGGAUACAUCACGCCCUCAGUUAGCACCUCAGUUCAACAAGCUACAUUUAAUUCAUUCAAACCUAGAGGAGGACCCUGAAGGAGUGCGUCAGGAGUUCCACACGUAUCUAGGAAACGUUGUGCAAAGCGUGUCGGAAAGUCGGGAGCGUGAGGAAAUGUCCAUCAUAGCAUAACCAUAAAUUGGACCUCACACAAACAACUUUCACUGUGCAAUUAUUUAACAAAAAUUUGUAUUUGCCUAAUACCAAGACCAACUAUGAUCAGAUAUGUUUUUAAACAAUAACACAAUUAAAGGAAGGGGUACUAUCUUUUGAACAUGACUGUAUGCCUGUAUAUUUAAUCGAUGUUUUUUUAUUGCCUAAAUAAAAAGCUUUAUAUUAUAAAAA